CGUCACCGCCCGCGACCGCGCGGCCUACUGCACGCGCUCGUUACCACCCUUCUUAUAAAACACGUUUAAAUUUCGAAUCACAACACUAUCUUUUUUUUUAAUUAAAACAUUUCCAGCCAGCACGUAUCAUCACCAAAAAGUUCAAAAUAUAAGCCAACGCUUAGUGAAAUAAAUGUGAACUAAAAUCGAAAGUGCAUUUAAAUACGAUUUUGUAAUUGGUGUUUUUUAUAUUAAAUGUUUAAUUAAAAGUAAUACAGAUUGUAUAGGAGUGAUGUGUAGUGUGGAGAUUGGUGAUUGUCUUACGUAACUGGCUUAAGAGUGCGUCCCCGGCGCGGUGAUGACGGCAUGGAGGUGGUGGUCUUGGUGCUUUGCGCCCUGCUGGUGAGCGGUGCCCCUAACGCGACCCACCGCCGCGCGGACCCCCACGAGCCAGUGCCUGAAGAGGACGACGAAUUCGUCCUUGACUACUAUGACGAGGCCAGGAUUAAUAUUUCUGAAAAGGGCCGCUACCUGGGCUCCCCGUGCGAGUUCACCUGCAACCCCAAGCUGGUGCAUGUGUACUGCGAGCCGCGCUCCAGCACGUGCCAGUGCGACCCCAAACAUUCUGUGGAGCUUGGCAUCGCGAGGGGCUGCGCUAAACCCAAGAAGCUUGGUGAGCAAUGCUUCUAUCGGGAGACGUGUCGAGCGUUCGACCCCCACGCGUCCUGCGUCCAGGUCAAUCACAACGCGUAUUGCCAGUGCGACCCUGGCUACCACACUACCAGCCACUCGCGGCCGACGCAGAGGGUCUUCUGCACUGAAGACCUGGUGCUGCUGACGGCGGACAUGCCGACGCUGCUGGGAGUAGCGUCGGGCAUCUUCGUGCUGGCCGGCCUCUUAUGCUUCGUGCUGCAUCUGUACACUAAGGCCCGCUACCACCCCGCGCACCUAGCUGAUGCGCGACUUACUCCACCCUGUCUUUACUCUUUGAAUGAUACUGGCGGCACGCUGAGCGCGACGCGGGCGUCGUCCCGCGCCUCUUCGCGCAGCGGCUGCACGAGCGGCACGCUGGAGCUGGAGGGCUCGCGGCGCGAGUCGCGGCGCGCCCCGUCGUCGCGCGCAGGUGCGGCGCGCACGGCGGCCAUCUUGCUAAUCUCGCGCCACCUGAAGGCCGUAAGGGACGGCGGCGCGCACCCGCCUAAGUGCGCCGCCAAAGGUUCGCGACGUCCAAGUCUAAGCUCCGUUCAAAGCAGCUCAUCGUCAAUUAGGAGUUACAGCGCUAAGAAGUGGGAAAGAGAAAGAGAACAGAAGGAGAGGCGGCAGAUGAGCAUGCGUCUUGCUCAAUUGCACGACAAGAUGGCGGCGGGCCGAGACCUACCGAAGCACGCGCCCACUCCGUCUCCUAGAUCUCCUAAUAAUUCUACCGAUGGGCUAUUACCGGCUGUUUGCGAAAUUCGAGAACUAGUGGCGAAUGCUGAUCAACUGCAAGGAGUUGACGGUCCCUGCUCCAGCUCUUCGCUUUACUGACAACAAAUGACAACGACCGUCAUCAGGUCCAUGGACUCCCUGUCCUCUGACGGCACUCCAGCCGUUGCGUGGAUGUAGAGUGAAAAAACAUUAACCAUAAUAUACCAGUGUGUGUACGAAGUUGCAUCGAUGCGAUGCAGUUAACGGUUUAUGAUUGCAUUAGAGGGCUACGUGAUUGUAUUCAAUGAUUGAAUUCGUGAUUGGAGUGAUUUAACAGUGACUCUUAGAGAAUGAAGACUAAUAAUUGUACUUUGUGAGGACAUUGUGAUGCUAAUGAGUGUUACUAGUUAAUAAGCACAAUUUCUCAUUAACCCCUGCCGAAACACCAGAUUGUUAAAGAAAUAGAUAAUUUUAGUUAUCAUGAGGCGUGGCUUGUAUUUUUAACUAAUAUAAUAUUUAGUUUAUGACAUUUUGAAUAACACGAAAUAAAGAAUACAUGAAAAUAUGUAAUAACUAUGUUCUAAUUGAAGGCCUAACAAUAAUAAAUAAUAAAUUUCUCAUCUUAAAUUAUGCUUCUCACUCAAUAAAUUACUACAUUUUUGUCCAAAGAUAUGCCAAUUUAAACUCAUGAGCGGGCAUCGCAACUUCAAAGUAAAACCAAACUCUUUAUUAAUUAAAACCACGAUUAUUUAAUGUUUUACUCGCAUUAACGGAAACAAAAAUGUUAUAUAAUAAAAAAUAAAAUCAAGCAAUUAUUUUCAAAUUGAAUUCUACACAUUUUGUUUUACGUAAUUGAACUUUGAAACUUUGCGUGAUUAAAUCCAUAAAAGAUAUAUAGCAGAGUAUAGGUACUCUAUCAUUCAUCAAAGAAGGUGGCUUCUUCAUUAGCAAAAAUAUGACGAAUAAAUGUUUACACAAAUUUUUUUGUUAAUUAUUGUUAUAACACGAUUCUUUCGACAAAACACGACAAAAACGUAAUCAGAGCAAAUAUAUCAACCUUACAUAGCUAUUAAAUGCUGCUGUGUUUACAAAAUUAGAAAUAAAUAAAUUAGAUUAAGAACUUAUGUAUCUGGAUGUGGUCUGCGAUUGCCGUGAUAUGUUUUCUAGUCAUUAUUUAAAUGAAAAACGAACGUGGAAGAUGAAUAUAACGCUAUAGAAUGAAAAAUAUGAGAAUUGCAAUAAAUUGUUACUUAAUAAUUACGACGAUAGUCAUUAAGACAAAAAUUGUCUUUUAUACAUAUUAUUUAGGUUUUAUUUAAAAAUAUUAUUGUAGUACAAAUGGAUUUACUUCAUUCAUCACCAGUUUAAUACUCUCUAAAUCGUUAAUAUUAUUUGCUAAGAUCAAUACAAAAAU